AUGUAUGGAUGUCGUCUAGUAGCUAUAAUAGGUGCGUGUGUUGCUUCUUUGGGUUUUUUUCUAAGUCGAUGGUGGGCUAACAUCUGGUUUUAUUAUAUAACGAUUGGCAUCAUUGAAGGUGUUGGUUUUGCAUUAAUGUAUUUACCAGCGAUUGUUUCAGUGAAUUUAUAUUUCGAAAAGAAAAGUGCGUUUUCUUUGGGUAUUGCUAUAAGUGGUUCCGGUGUUGGUACAUUUGUACUUUCUUAUGUUAUGGAUGCAGUUGUUAAUAUACAGUCGUGGCUUAGUUAUCCAAGUGCGCUACUCAUCGAAGCAGCUAUUCUUUUAUUUGGUAUUCUAUGUGGUUUUUUAAUGACUCCGUUACCUCAAGAACCAAGUGAACAACGACGUCUCCAACGACAAGCUGAGAAAAAUGUAAUAUCAUCAAAUGCACCAGUAACAUCAGAGAAUAAUGUUGCUAAUGAAAUAGUCGAACCAAUGUUACCAAAUGUUUCUAUUCAGAAUUCACCUUCAAAAUCAUUUUUUGGUCAAAUUAUUGAACAGAUCGAUCUAAAUUUACUGAAAAAUACGGCAUUUACAUUGUUUACUGUAUCAAAUUUUCUGGCAAGUCUUGGUUUUAAUGUUAUUUAUAAUUUUGCUGAUGAUCUUGCAAAUGAUUCAAAAGUUAUUAAAGGACAUCGAACAUAUAUUGUUAUGUCAAUUGGUUUAUCGAAUAUUCUUGGUCGUGUUAUUAUUGGUUAUUUAGGUGAUAGGAAAUGGAUAAAUCGUCUUCUUUUAUUUAUAAUAACAUUGAUUAUAUCGGGUAUCGCGACUAUCAUAGCUCCAUUAUGUGGUUCUUCUGUUAUUACACAUAUAGGUUAUGCAUCUUUAUUUGGAUUUUUUUCAGGUGGUUAUGUUGCUUUAACAUCCAUUGUUCUUGUUGAUAUAGUAGGAAAGAAUAAAUUAUCAGAUGCUUUUGGAGUUCUUUUACUUUUUAUUGGAAUUGCAACGGCAAUUGGAACGCCGAUUGUUGGAGCAAUGAGAGAUGCAUUUUCAGAUUUUACUCGACCAUUUCUUUGGCCUUAUCUUAUUUUUGGUAGUUGUACUGUCCUUAGCGGGGUCAUACUAUUUGCCAUUCCCUUUUUACAGCGAAAGAAACCAAAUGGUCAUCAAACCGAAGUUAAUGUUGAGGCAUCUUAA